CGAUGAAGUGAGCGGAGUUAGGGACGCUGCUCGGCCCCCGCCCGCAUCAUGAAUCGCAGUGCCAUCAGUAGCACCUCCGAAAAGGAGACACUAAGCCUGCUCUGGGGCUGUGAGCUAAACCAGGAGAGGCCGACUUGGACCUUCAAACCCCAAAAGGUGGGGAAGCAGGACUGUGUGCUGUUGCUGAGUACGAUUUCCCUGGGUGAGAAAGCCAAAGAAGAGGUGAACGUCGUGGAGAUCCUGCCCUCGGCAAGCCAGGAGGACAAGAAGAGGAGGCCCCUCAUCCUGGCCUCGCUUCGGGCCUCGGUCCUCCCCAUGGUCGUUCUGGGGUUGGAGUUUUCCCCUCCAGUCACGUUCCAGCUCCGGGCUGGCUCUGGACCUGUGUUCCUCUGUGGCCAGGAACAUUACAAUGGAUCCUGGGAGGAAGUGGAAGAGGAGGAGGAUGACCUGGAGGAGGAGGAAGAUGAUGAUGACGACGAUGAAGAUAUUGAUAUGUUCCUGGAGGAGACGCCCAUCAAACAAGUGAAAAGGCUGGCACCCCAGAAGCAGACAAGUGCUGGCAAGGAAAAAAAGGUGGAAAAAAAAGACGAGGCAGUAAGACACCAUCUUAAAGGGAGCCCUGCUGGAAAACCUAAAAAGCCAGGACGUUAAAAAGAGAUGAGGAGCCAGGAGCGCCUGGCUGCAGUGACCAAGGGAGAACCCAUGAGACCACCGUGCUGAGUCUGAAUGUGAUGGACAUGAUGGGGGGCGCAAUGCAAGAGCCUCUCACCCCAACUCUCGGUUGCUGUAGGAAGAGCCCUGACUCACAGUCACAAUAAAGUUUGCUUUGCUAG